AAUAUUUUAUUUAUAUUAUUUAAUCUACUAAUUAAAUUUAGAUAAUAACAACAUAAACAUGGCCGUUACUCCAGCAGCAACUCCCAUAGCUCCCAUGGCGGUUACUUCUUCCUUUUUCUCUUGUGUGUUCUGAGUUCCCUUCCCAUGGCGGUUACUAUGCCGAUGAUUCAUUUACUUAUCUUUGUGUUUGCACUUGCUACAUUAUCGUAUUCCUCUGCGUACGAUCGGCUUUCGAAACCUCUUGUUGGAGAUGAUGGAAGAAUUUAUGUUUGUUCCAAUAAGAAGCUUUUUGCAUUUGAAAGCAAUGGUAGCAUCUCAUGGUCCAUGCAUAUAGACUAUAAAUGCAAUGUUGCUGUGGCACCUGUUCAUGGAGGUUUUGGCAAGAUAUAUUUGAUAGCUGAUAACAGAAUAUUAAUGGUUAAACUGGAAAACAGUGGAACUUCUGAGCCUGUAGCAGAAUUAUUCUUUGGUCCAGGACCUGGUCAACAGGUAGAGACUGAAAUUAUUGGGCUUUCGGUAAGCACAUUAACCUCAACAGUGUUUAUAAACAUCAAGAAUCGAGGACUCUUUGCAUAUAAGUCACAUGGACGUUUACUAUGGAGUAUUGGACCUGUGCUUUAUAAAUUUGGCUUCCAUCAAGGAUGCCGGAAAAACAUUACAGAUUGUUUCUUUGCAUCGGUCCCGGUGCUUGAUCAAUGCGAGGGUAGUAUAUACAUCUCAAAUACAGAAGGACAGCUCUAUUGCUUGUCUAUUCGCGGCCGUCACUUUAGAUGGAUACAGGAUUUUAGUUAUUUAGACAGAAAUUUCACCAUCACCGCCGGGAACAAUGGUCGUUUGUAUGUAACAGUUCCUGUGAGGGCUCUUUUAUUGGCUCUAGAUGUCUUUUCAGGUAAUGUCUUGUGGCAGAGAAGUAUUGGCCCAUUAAGCAAAGCUGACUCUGUACCCAUAGUAGAUUCUAAUGGAUGGGUGUCUAUUGGUUCAUUGGAUGGAUUCCUUUACUCAUUUUCACCAACUGGGGAUCUUAAGAAAUUCUCAAGAAGAAAUACAGAUAACUAUGUGAUUCAAGUUGGUUCUUUUCUUGAUUGCUCUGGAUUUGCUGUCUAUACUUCACAGAUAGAGAUGGAAGGAAAAGUUAGCCACACUGCUGGUGAAUUCACCACUGUUUCAGCAAUUCGACCGAAAGUUGCAUUGUUAACUAUGUUAGUUCCUGCAACUGGAUCAAUCUAUUGGUCUGAAAAUAAUCCUGGUCAACUUACAACUUCAUUAUCCAAAAGCGAUCUAAGUCAGUUUUUAGUAGAUGAGGAGAUUCUUCUUGCUUUCCUUGCUGCCUCAAAGACUGGCAACCUACUGCAAUGCCGUACUACAGGUCAGAAGCUUGCAUCAAGCUGCUCACAAGCAAGAACCAAGCUUGUCAGCAUCUACACAGGAAAUGAAAGGGUGAUAGCAUUGUUUCUACUCUUUGAAUCAACUGUUUUGGCAAUACUUAUUGGACUAGUAAGAUUCUGCUGUUCAUUCUGGGCGAAAAAGAAGCUUCAAGACCAAGGCCUUGGAAGUUUCCUUGCCAAGCGAUGCUCUCUUCAGCUCAAAAAGAAAGCAUUGGACAGGACAAUUACCGAGCUUGAGCGAAAAGCCGCAGAGGAAGCAGCAGACAGAGAGGUUUUAGAUAAACUGGUUGAUAUAUCAAAAGAAAGGGAAGGCAUUCAGAGGAAGCUAUCAACCAGCUACAGUUUAGGGAGGGAUAAAAGUGAUUCACAUGCAAGAUCUAUUCUUCCUUUACAAACAGGAAAAACAAAAAGCUACUCGUUCCAAGGGACACGGCGCAAGAACAUGACAAUGUUCCACACAAUGAGUGACACAUCUUCCAGCGAAAGCAGCUAUGAAGGUGAGACCAGCAUGCUUGGCAAUAAGGACUCAUCAACUAAGGCAAAAACAAAGACACUGAUGAUGGAAGAUAGUUCAAGUUCAGGUUCAAGUAGUGAGAAAUUUCGAAGGAGAGGCCUUAGGAGAAACUAUUAGAAUUUAGAAUUAAAAAGGGAAAGAGAAAGCAGAGCAGCAAGCACAUGUUUGAAUGGAACAUAAAGCUUGUUUUGCAAUAGUACCAAUGCUGGUUGUUUCACUAUGAAAUGUAAUUCUGUAGAUAACUUUCUGUGUAGUAAUUUGUUUUAAAAAAAAAAAUCAUAUGUAUAUGUUUCUAAAGACAGUGAAAAUAAAAAUGUUUCUAAAGAAUGAUAUUUUGAUAAUGAAUUUAAGAAAGAGUUGAGGAU